AUUCCCAUGUACCAUGUAGUUGAGAAUCCUACUUGGCUGCUAACGGCAACAGGAAACUGGCCUGCCACUGCGUCGCAUUCGAGUCGCGGCUCAGUACAUUGGAGGCGUGGGCACAUUGUGCAUCUUGCCGUCCAUGGUUGAUUUGACAAUGUGAAGUUCCUAUUUGGAAGGUCAGUAUUUCAUGAAAUUCCCGUUUAUUAUUGUUCUCUCAACAGUACUUCUGGUUGUUGGACCCAUUUGUCACACAUCACCUUAUUCUCCAUACAACUCAAAAUGUCGACAAAUUCAUCUAGUCCCAAUGCGGCUCCUCAUAUGAAGUCUCCCAUAGAUGUUUCUUACAUCAACGAGAGGUCUAUGAUAGUUGUUGGGGCUCUAUUCCCAACUUUGAGCAUCAUAUUCGUAUGCCUUCGCUUUUACGUUCGCCAGAAGCAGAAAGCAAAGAUUCUGGCUGAUGACUUGCUUCUCCUUCCGGCUCUGGCGAUUAUCAUUGGAAUGGGAAUUGCUUUUAUCAUUGGCGCAAGAGGACAUGGACUCGGCGAUACCAAGGGCUUGCCUGCUGGCGCUCCACCUGAACUCGAAUUUACCUUCUUGACACCACAGAUCAUCUUAACAGAAAAGGUUCAAUUCAUAUGCCAACUCAUGUCCGUUAUCUGUAUCGGAUGCAUCAAACUCAGUGUCGUCAUGUUUUAUCGUCGGAUAUUUGUUACGCAUAACAAGUCCUGGUUCUCAUGGGCCUCCUCAAUCAUUUGUGGCGUUAUUGUUGCUUGGACUAUUGCAUUCUUCUUUGUGUUCCUCUUCUAUUGUGGAACACAUAUCGAAAAGGAAUGGAGUACUGUGGUCGAAAUUAUCGAAUACUGCCCGAACGCUUUGAACGAUCAAAUAGCAAUUGGAGUCUCCGAUGCUAUCGUUGAUAUCGCAAUUCUGUUAAUCCCUAUACCAAUGAUUCUUAAGCUGCACCUUGACACAGCUAGAAAGAUCAUGGUCAUGAGCAUAUUUCUGUUGGGAGGAUUCGCUGUUGCCGCAUCGAUUGUGCGAAUGGCAAUAUUCAUACAAGUAGUUGUUGUUGGAUUUACCCCAGCUCUUGAUGGUGAUAAGGACAUCAGUCUCAUUCUCUUCUGGACUAUGGUUGAGUCUGGGACCGCUAUCGUUGCAGCAUGCCUUCCGACGAUGAAAGUUCUCACUCAUAAUAUCAACCUCGAAAACUUCUUGAGAAGCAUCAAGAGUACCUUUUCCCUUCCAUCUAGGGGCUCUCAAGCCUCCGUUUCCAAGGCGAGCAGCUCCAGAUCGCAUGUUAAUGGCGGCUCAUCUAUCGAAUAUAUCACAAGGCCAGAAAAGAACUCUAAGGUUGAGAGUUGCGCUAUGCACGACAUGGAAAGCUUCGAUUUCAGCAGGUCAGAUGAGAGCGCGAUACAAGUGCAGAAGACUUUCCGCCAAGAAAGCAUUGAGGUGUGAGAUGAUACACUUGAUUAUUUACGGUAGACUGGUUGUUUUGGAGUUUUAACAUAUUUAUACACAUAAUAGAUGAUGUUUAGGGAAAGAAAAAGUGCAACUGUUAGACCAUCUCGGCAGAACUCUUGUAAUAAUUGGAC